CGCGCCCCAUGGGGGUCGCGGUCUACAACGUGUCGGCCACCUCGGCGCGGGUGAGCUGGCCCCCGUCCCCCGGCUGCCUGGACACCUUCUACAGCGUCAUGUACGACCCCAACUGGAACAGCCUGAUGAAGGGCUACAAGCGCAAGAGCUUCCUGCACGAGGAGCGCAUCCCCGUCAGCCAGACCAGCGCGCACCUGGCCAACCUGCUGCCCCAGACCGCCUACUUCCUGUGCGUCACGUGCCAGGCGGCCAAUCCGGUGCAAGACCAGUGCCAGAUGUUCAGCACGCCGGGCGACAGCGGCGAGGCCCACGACCGGGCGGGCUGGGAGCUGGCGGUGGGGGUGUGGCUGACCUGCUGCGCGCUGCUGCUGGUCAUCGCCGGCAUCCUGCUGUGGGGUUGCCUCCGCGUCUCCUGGCCCCCCGGCGGGGGAUUCGGACGCCCGUACGCCACCAGGCGGCCCAGCGAGGACGGCGCCGCCCUGCAGCCGUCCCGCCUCCUCCGCUCGGCGCCGACGGGCGGCCACGUGGGUGCCCAGGAGCACGAGAUGAGGGCGCUAAGCCGCCUGGAAACCAGCCGGCGCGAUUCCACGGGAUUGAGGUCAUCGAAGCAUUGCUCCGCCCCCUGAGCGCUUUCUAAUCCGCUGAUGAAACUCGAAGCCCCCUGACUCGCGAAAAAAUAAACACUAUUCUACUGUGCGGAUGCUAAUAGACAAGCAGUCUAUUUAAUUAUCAAACACGCAGCGCGAUUACUUUUUACCUCCGUGAACUCGAUAAAAUACGACUUUUGUCAGUAAGGAAUCCGAAUGUUUUCCUGAGAAACACCGAUAUCCGAUGAUAUUUUAACACAAAAGUCCUUAAACUGCAGCAAAGGUUCAACCGCCCGAUAGCAUCUGUUGCCGCUUUAUUCCUAUUUACCCUGUUUUUAAUAAAUCAUUCCCACUGUGA